AUUUGAUUUGAUUAGUGUAUAUUGAAUUUGGUGUGAGAAAGACAUAACGAAAGUGUGGUUUCGCAUGCUCUCUCGUUGAUUUCAACGCACGUUCAUCUUUUUCUUUCUUUUCGCCUUAAACAAAGGAAAACAGAAAGCCGUAUCUAUGGGUGGUUGUGCGACUAAACCGAAGGUUGCGAAAGAUGGUGAACAACCUGAACCGGAACAGGAGUAUCAACUGGUCAAGGAAGACAUUGUUGAGACCAAACAAGAACCGCUGUUACAGGAACAGCGUGCUGCCAACCUUAAAAAUGUUGACCAAGUUGUUGACGAUGAUCAAGCAAACACGCGACGGUCUCUUAGCUUGUUGUUCAAUAAAGAGAAUGAAGAUGCACAGGUUACCACAGAAAAUGAAAAAACCAAAGCUGAGGAAACUGCGAAACCUUUGGAGGAUGCUAAAAGCAACGAACCAACGGUGAAACAUGAAUCUCCAAAGAAAGAGGAAAAGCUAUAUCAGGAGAGCAAGGUCAAUGAGGCAGCUGAAAAACAAGAAUAUGCAGUGGUUGUUGAUGAAGUAUUUUCACUACAGAAUCAAAGCACUGAUCCAGACAAAGAGAUUGUGAAGAUCCAAAUACCAGAAGUGGCUAAGAAAACAUCAGAAGAAACUAUAAUCAUUGAACCGGCAAAAGAAAUAGUGGUAGAACGAAUUCAAAAUACUAAUGCAGCCGAGGAUGAAGGCGCAAAGUUUUCCACAGAAAAUGAAAAAACCAAAGCUGAGGAAACUGUGAAACAAGAAACAUUUGAAGACAAGCAACCAUUGGAGGAUGCUAAAAUCAUCGAGCCAACGGUGAAACAUGAGUCUCCAAAGAAAGAGGAGAAACUAUCUCAGGAAACCAAAAUCAAUGAACCAGUUACAAAACAAGAAUCUGCAGUUGUUACUAACGAGGAAAAACCUACAUUGCAAAACCAAAUCAUUGAUUCAUCAACUGAUGUGAUCGUGAAGACAGUAACACCAGAAGAAGCUAAAAUCAAUGUACCAGUGGUGGAAGAAACAGCGGUGAAACAAAAUCAAAUUGCUAUUCCACCUGAGGUAACUGUGAUAAAGACAGGAACACCAGAAGCUGAGAAGGUUUCAGCAAAAACACAAAGCAAUGAGUUGAAUGAACCAAUCAAACAAGAAAAAUCAUCUGAGACUAUUCCUAUUGAAGCUGUGGUAGUUUCUCCCCUUAACGAGAAAGUAAUUGAAGUGGUUUUCCCAAAUACAGAAUCUGUGGAGAACAAAGAAGUGGAAACAACAUCUAGCAUAGGAGAGAAAAGCCAUGUUGAUGCUGUGGUGGAGCAUACGCCAAAGGCUUCUGAUGUUGGCAGCGAUAAAGUUUCUCUCUCUUAAUUCAACGGUCUACUGUCGGCUGCAACAUGAAGUCGACCUCGCUUUGUUAUGUGCCAUUUCUCAGCUAUAUUUGUGUUAUUCUUUUUUUUUUCUUUCUAUUUAUUUAUAAUUAUUUGAAGACUGAUUUUUUGUUCUUGUGGAGUUACUUAUAUUUUUUGGUUUCCUGCAAUUUCUUAUCAGUAUUGAUAGGUCAAAAUCACCAAUGUAAAUUGUAAUUUUGAUGUGGUUUGCAUGUGAGAAUUCUUGGGAACUAAAAGCUACAAGUUUAAGAAUGUUUCUUACAUCACAAGCAUCAAGCUCAAAAAACCAUUUGAUUGUUUGAAUUGAGAUUUGUUUAA